GAAUGAAUGAGCUGAGCAUGUUUUUCGCAAACUUCUCAGCGAGCUCUUUUUAAGCUCUGACUCUGAGCUUGGGCGUCCUGAUGAGGUCCUGAUGACGAGCUGUUGAAGGCAUAGGUCAUUUGUCUGAAAAGCAUCUGAAUUGGCCGGUGCAGUGUACAAGCCCGAGCGCUGUCUUGUUGUGUCAGGAAUAUUGUCAGGUGUGUGUCCAAUCUGAAGGCAGCCCUUUCUAGAUCCGCCAGCCUCCUUGAUCUCCGCACAAGUUGGUGAGAUGGCAGUCUCCGAUUCUGAUGAUGACGACCUGCCCCUAUCCGAACGCCGCAAUUCCCGAAGGGAGUGCAUCCCGCUGAGCGAGCUUGCAUCACAGAGGAAGGGUGCCAAGUCAAAGGAGCCCUCAGUCCCAGAUGCAAUCGCAGUGGCUAGCAAGCCAAAAAAGUCAACUUCCAGCAAGAUUCAGGCUUCGCAGAAGCGAGCUAAAAUGCAGCCCCCAAGUCACGUUCAAGGGCAAGGGAGCAGUUCUGGUGCGCCAGUGCGUUCUAGUCCGAGGCAGCGGAGCGCAAGGCUUUCGUCUGAAAAUUCGCCGUUGACGGCCCUGCCCUGGGAGGUUCAGCUCAAGAUUCUAAGGGAAGUCUGCCUGGAGAAUGCUGCGGAGGCGCCACGCUUGGUGACAGUGUGCUCAUUGUGGCGGCAGCUUGAGGAUGAACCUUCCGUCUGGAAACGAAUUGACGUUCCAAGGGGGCGCCGCGCAGUGUUUGACGACAGCAUUGUAGAAAGAUACACAAGCAAAGGAACCUGGGCUGAGCUUGAAAAGCUCAAUUUGAAAGGAACUAGAAUCUCGAACAAAGGGCUCGCAUGCCUGUCGGAAUGCUGUCCCUCCCUGACCGAUGUAAACCUGGCGGAUUGCAAGGGUGUGAACAGCAGUGGCGUCCUUGAUUGGGCAAGGAAACAGUCGACGCUUCGUGCUCUAACGCUCUCGAGGGCAGACCACGUCGUACGUGAUGCAAUUGUCAAGGCUCUCGUGGUGGAAAGGCCCGAGAUAACGUACCUCCGACUGAAGGGCUGCGAAAAGGUUGGCUCCGUUGCACUUCGAGCCAUCGCAAACGGUCUUCCACACCUGCGAGUGCUGGACUUGACGGGGGCGGGAUUACUGCGGGCAAAGACGAUAAUCCCCAUACUGUUGCUGCAGGCGAAUUGUAGGGACUUGGAAAUUCUUCGACUCUCGCGGUUUGGCCAUUGGUGGGAACCCUGGGCGAACCUGGAAGAAGGGGGAGCUGCGCUGAGAGCAUGGGAUGCGAAGGUGCAAUCGCUCCAGUACAGGGACGAGCCCAGGUCGCACCAAGAACGCCUGGCGCAGAGUACUGACGCACCAGAAUCGUCAGAGGCGGGUUCUUCGGGGGCCAAAGAGAAAACGGUCGGGUUUCCAAAAUUGAGGGAGCUCCGGGUGUCGCCGAACUGGAGGAAUUCCAUUGCGACAGUGCGCAAUUGGGGGAGUAACUUUUCGUCGUCGAGCUUAACAGAUUCGGCCCUGUGGCAGAUUUUGAAGGGAUCCCCCGAGCUGCGCGUUCUAGACAUAGCGGGCAUUGCCAGCGUGUCCGUCAGGAUCAUGCACGCCAUCCCUACGCGGCACCUAGAGGUUCUGGACAUGGCCGGCGCAGCGCUCUUGGGCACGGGGGGUAUAGAGGUGGCGGUCGAGCGGUGGGGCCGCUCGUUGACGUCACUCGACGUCAGCCACUGCGCAAACGUGCGGACGCUCCACGCUAUCCACCAUUGCUGCCGCGCGCUGCGGCGGCUGAACGUGAGCUACACGGCGAUCGGAGAGGAUGACCUCCGGGCGAUACUAAGCAACGAGCGGCUGAUGUCGGUGCUGACGUCAGUGGAUGCGUCGGGCUGCCGAUCGCUGCCUCGGGACAUGCGGCUGCCCGGUGAUUCGGAUCUCGACGUUCUGAGGGAGCGGCUUGGGGUGGAAGGGAGGCGUAGCGGUCGAUCCAAAGAGAAAAACGCUCCCAGAAACGGCAAAAGCGGGAGGCGAAAGUCGCGCCGGGGAGCAGAGGAUGACGUCAGCGAGGGGCGUCCGGCAAAACGGCAGGGGAGCGCUUCGAAAGGCGGGGAAAGGCGGGCGACGGGGAGAGAGCGGUCCAAGAAGCGGGUCAGGGCGUUUGGCGAAGAGGAGGACUCGGAUGACGACUCGGAUUACACCCCAGGCAAGAGGGAGCCGGAGGACUGCUACGCCUGGGACUGAAGGUUUCAAGGUAAACAGUCGUCUUCGUUGGAAGCUUUUACUUGGGCCCCACCGCGUCUCAUUCCUGGCGGUAUCUGACCACACACCUCCUGUAGUCGAUUGUACUGUAUAUAGGUACAGAAGGUGUGGUUUCUGUUUGUAUCAGUAAGUCAGUCGCCUGCUCACCUUAGAUUUUCGCUAUGCAAAGGCUGGUGAAUAGCGUCGGCUCCAGUGUUUUUCCCUGUCCAGAACAUUCGAGCAGGUGAAGAUCGGCAAGCCUCGUAGGCAACAGGGCCAGGGGUUUGAAAGCCCAUACUCUGUGAUGAUGCAGGACAGCUAUGGCGGACGUUUCAGAAAAUCCUCUGGCUUCCGGCUCGACCUUCUGAACUGACACGUAAAGGCAUAUGUACGGUUUCAAUCUGACCGUUUCAAUCAUUUAGUGAACUG